GCUUCUGCCAGUCCCCUCCUCUUCCCUUGUUACCUGAUACCUGCGGAACAGGUUUAGCAGCAUUUAAGCCAGGUAAACACAGAGUGUGUGUGAGCACCGAGCUUCCCAGAGAGCGAGAGAGAAUGGCUUGCACAGGGCUAGGCCGCUGUAAGGUCGCUCUGUGGUUUGCAGUUGUCCUCGACAUAUUGGGGCUCAUUGCCUUGCUGGUGGGAAUCUUUGCCAAGCUCCAACGAGAGGGAAGGGACUUUGGGGACCUGCUGAUCUACACUGGAGCCAUUGUGGUUUUUGUCAGCCUGAUCGGUUGGGUGUUCUGGUACACGGGGAACAUCGAGAUCUCCUGGGAGGAACUCGAGAGCGACUACCAGCUGAAGGACAACCGUCUGAACCGCAUCGUCAGGAAGAUCUCCCGGCGCAUAUCCUGGCGGACCAGCAACGGCAAGAAAGCUGCCGCCAAAACGGCCGGCUUCAGCUGUCACCCCCACAAGGCCGAAGACAUGCAGCUCUCCCCAGUCAGCCCCACCGCUCCGUCAAGGCUCCGGGAAGUGGCCGUGGAGUGACAGCGCGAGGCUGGUCAGAGAGAGGAGAGCGGGAGAGGGAUGAACGAUGCGGAAGGGAGCAAGUGAGAGAAAGUGUGCGCAUUAUAAGAAACUGGCUGUGCAUGGCAUUUGUUUCUCACGUGAAGGCGGCCUCAGUCAGUUGCGCUCUCAUCUCGGGGUCGGAAGAUUUUGGGUUAAAACCUCCACUCCAGGAACUUGGAUCUAUCUAUCCCAGUUGAUAGAUUUUUGGUAUGUCAGGCUAUUGAGGGAUAUGGGGAGAA